UUGAUAACGAUGGGCUUUUGCUUUGGUCACGUGCAGCUGCAGAUCAAUGAAUCAGUGGGGCACACUCAGAAGUACUGAAACCAGAAUCUCCCAUAAAACAACACUAAAAAAACCACUUUCAAUUACUUUUGAUGUAAUUACUUUAUUUCUCCGUAAGGCUUUCUUGUUUUGACAAACAGUUUAUAGCCGCAUGCUUACCAAAACUCUCUCAACUCAAUCACCCCGCCACUUCACUUCACAACAUGGCCUCUCACCACCCCUACCACGAUCACAACCACCACCAAACCAUCACCACAUCUACCUACUGUUGCUGUAGCAAAACUUCUUGCCACCACUCUCACCCUGCUCAACCACCCCCUUUCUCAGAUCCACUUCUCCAAACCGUUCUUUCUCAGCUCCUCCUCCAACCACAGAAGCAACAAUCAUCUCAACAAGCUCAUCAUCAGCACCUGACCCAUAACGAAACUCAGAAAAACCAUCCAUCUUUCCAUAAAAAUCAAAGCUUACAUCAAAAUCAGAACUUGUUGCAUCAAGAAGAAUAUCGACAAGCAAAACUGGUUCUCUCUUCUCUUAUUAGCCGUAUUGAUGCUCUUGAAACGUCACUGCAAAACUUCUCUUUAUUUUCUGCCAAACACAAUCAAUCCUCUUCUUCUUGUUCAUGUUCUCUUAGAGACAUGGCUGCGUGUGUGAUUCAAACUCAUUUUCGGACCUUUCUUGUGCGUAGAUCCAGAACUCUUCGACAGCUCAAACAGCUUGCUUUAAUCAAAUCUAGCCUCAACUCUCUCAAGUUAUCAGUUUCCAAGAAAACCCAUUUGAAUUUUCACCUUGUUUCUCGUAAAGCUAUGGAUUUGCUUCUCAAACUUGACUCUAUCCAGGGUGACGAUCCCAUUAUCAGAGAUGGGAACAGGUCAAUUAGCAUGGAUCUGGUUAGGUUUUUGGAAUUUGUUGAUGGAUUUGCAGUAAGAAAAAAUGAGAUCUCACGUAACGGUUCAAAGAAUGUGAGAUUAGUUAAAAAUGAUAGUAGUAAGUCUAGGCUUUCAAGGCCUAAUGGUGGAGACUCUAGUAAGGAUCAGAUUGACCUAAUAAAAAAAAUGAGGGACCAAGUCGAAAGGAUUCCUGGGCAUUCUAGGGUUUCUAAAGCUGAGGAUGAAGACAUGGAGCUUGAAGGGUUUCACCAAUUCAUUGAUGAUGAAGAGGAGCAAGAAAACCCUAGGUUUUACAGAAAUAAAAAUGGGAUUUUAUUGAAAAGGCAUGUUGUGCCUCAGCAAGUGAAAAAAAGUGUGAGCUUUGCAGAGAAUAGGAAUGUGUAUAAGAUUUUCAGCAAUGACAAUUCUCAUGAGAGUGUUUCUAGUGAUAAUAAUGGAAUAAUUUUGGAGAACUUUAGCACUGAAGUCGAAAGAAGUAAGGGUUUAUCUGAAGUGACUGAGGAUGGUUUUGGUGAGGAGUGUAUUUGGAAAAUGGAGGAUCAUUGCAGAGCAGUGAUGAGGAAAGAAACUCUAGGAAUUUUUGUGUUCUCUGCACCAUUGCCUGUGAAGAUGGAAUCUAGAGAUGAUUUGAUGAAGAAGAGCAAGGCUGUGAAAAUUGUCACAUAAUGGGGUUCAUUUUUGUAGAUGUUGAAUGAAUGGAUUUUUACUGAAACAGGUGUAAACGGGGCUUUAUUUCUCUUGUGCGAUAUGUUUGUAGCCUUCAAUUCCUGCAACUGUGAUUUACCUUGCCCCCUUGAA